ACAAAACUCAAAAGCCCUUUGAAAACCCCGAAUAAUUGGCAGAAAGAUCCGACGAACAUUGAGUGACGUUCCCGGUGACAGACCAAGCACGUGACGUCAUCGUGGCGCAUUCCACAAUUGCAAAGCUCUUCAGCCACGAAUGCCCCGCGAUUAUUCAUUCGCAUCACGAACUCCUGCCCCUCACUCGACUCAGCGCAAUCAAGUCUUUGCAACACCUAAGCCGCCACAAAAGACUGGCGCGCUCGCAUUGUUAAACGAACUAUACGAAAGCUCCAGGAAUCGAUUCACACGCAGUCAUGAAGCAGCGUUUCUCCUCCAUCGACGUCAAAGUCAUCGCCCACGAGCUUCAAGAGAGCCUGACGACCCUGCGACUGGCCAACGUCUACGACCUCUCCUCCAAGAUCCUGCUGCUCAAGUUCGCCAAGCCCGAAAACAAGAGGCAGCUUAUUAUCGACUCUGGUUUUCGAUGCCACCUUACAGACUUUACGCGCACAACUGCCGCGGCGCCCUCGGCUUUUGUGGCGCGGUUGCGCAAGUUUCUCAAGACGAGGCGGUUGACGUCUGUUAAGCAGGUUGGAACGGACAGAAUUCUGGAGUUUCAGUUUAGCGAUGGCCAGUACCGUCUCUUCCUCGAGUUCUUUGCUAGCGGAAACGUCAUUUUGACCGACGCCGACCUCAAGAUCCUCACACUCUUGCGCAACGUUCCCGAAGGAGAGGGCCAGGAACCUCAGCGAAUCGGAUUGAACUACUCACUAGACAACCGGCAGAACUUUAACGGAGUUCCCGACCUCACGAAGGAGAGAGUACGAGCGGCGCUGGAGUUGUCGGUCAAGAAGAGCGCGACAGCUGUCUCUGCGGGGAAGAAGAUCAAGACGAAGCCUGGUGACGAGUUGAGGAGGAGCUUGGCGACGACGAUCACCGAAUUACCGCCUAUCCUUGUCGACCACGCAUUCCAGAUUACCAAGUUUGACGGCACUAAGAAACCCGCAGAGAUUCUCGAGGACGAGUCGCUUUUGGAUGCGCUCCUGAAGGCGUUGACUGAGGCUCGGAGUAUUGUGGAAGUCGCCACUAGCUCUGCCACGGCCAAGGGCUACAUCUUUGCAAAGUACCGAUCGAAGCCGGACGGCGCGCCAGCAGCGGAAGGAGAGGAGGCCAAGAGAUCGGAUCUUCUUUACGAUGACUUCCACCCUUUUUUGCCCAACAAGUUUGCAAACGACCCCACUGUCAAAGUAAUCGAGUUUGAUGGCUACAACAAGACUGUCGACGAGUUCUUCUCGUCUUUGGAGGGCCAGAAGCUGGAAUCAAGACUGACCGAACGAGAGGCCGCGGCAAGGAGGAAGCUUGAUGCCGCCAGGAACGACCAGGAGAAGCGCAUCGAAGGACUCCGAGAGGCGAAAUCCCUCAAUGUCCAGAAGGCUACCGCGAUCGAGGCAAACGUCGAGCGUGUGCAGGAGGCGAUGGACGCGGUUAAUGGACUGAUUCAGCAAGGCAUGGAUUGGGUCGAUAUCAGCAAGCUCAUUGAGCGCGAGCAGAAGCGACACAAUCCCGUCGCCGAGAUCAUUAAGCUACCGCUCAAGCUUGCGGACAACACGAUUACCUUGCUGCUAGGGGAGGAGGAAGAAAUCGAAGACGACGAGUCCAACUACGAGACCGACUCUGAUGCAUCCGACAGCGACGAGGAGGAGACUAACAACAAGCAAAAGACUUCAAAGCAUCUGGAAAUUGAUAUUGAUAUCACCCUGUCGCCUUGGGCGAACUCGAGAGGGUACCAUGAGCAGAAGAGGAGCGCCGCUAAAAAGGAGGAAAAGACGGUCCUGCAGUCUCAGAUUGCGUUGAAGAAUGCCGAGCAGAAGAUUCAGGCAGAGCUGAAGAAGGGCCUCAAGACGGAGAAGGCUGUCCUUGCGCCAAUCCGGAAGCAGAUCUGGUUCGAGAAGUUCACCUGGUUUGUCUCUUCUGAUGGAUACCUGGUUCUGGCAGGCAAGGAUGCGCAGCAGAACGAAAUGUUGUACAAGCGCUAUCUCCGCAAGGGCGAUGUCUACGUUCACGCCGAUAUGCACGGCGCCGCGACCGUCAUCAUCAAAAACACCCCCAGCGAUCCGGGGGCGCCUAUACCUCCUUCAACGUUGGCGCAGGCAGGCACAAUGGCCGUGUGCAGCUCGAGUGCGUGGGACUCCAAGGCAGGCAUGGGCGCAUGGUGGGUGAACGCCGACCAGGUUUCCAAGUCUGCUCCUACCGGAGAGUACCUCCCCACGGGUAGCUUUAUGGUCAGGGGCCAGAAGAAUUUUCUUCCUCCUGCACAACUUCUGCUCGGUCUCGGCAUCAUGUUCAAGAUUAGUGAAGAGAGCAAGGCCAGACAUGUGAAGCACAGACUGUAUGAGACCGCUGAUGUCCCGGCUUCGGCGGCCGAUAGCGCGGCACCAGAGACUGCGACUGAUGCUGCUCAAGCUGAUGACGAUGUCCCGGAUGAUGCUUCUGAUAUUGGAUCUGAGGACGAUCAAGAAGAUGAGGAGCCGCGCGACAACCCUCUGCAGAAUCUUGGACAGAGUGGACAGGAUGAUUCAGAGGAGCAGCUUGCAUCUGAAGAGUCCCCUGCCGAGGAGUUGUCAAACCUCAAGAUUGAAGAGGACAAGCCUGCGGAGCAGUCCGCCGAGGGCGAAAUCGAGACAGCAGAGAAGGAAAAUGAAGAGGAAGAGGAAGAGGAAGAGGAAGAAGAAGGAGAUGACGACGAAGAGGAGAGCGACAAGCCAGCCACAGGACAAACGUCAACCCCCACAGAGCCAUCGAAUGCACCAAGCACCACCACGACCGAGAAGCAACAACCAGCCAAACGAGGCCGACGCAAUAAAGCCAAGAAGAUUGCAGCCAAAUACAAGGACCAAGACGAAGACGAUAGGGCAGCAGCCGAAGCCCUCUACGGCUCCGCGCGCGGCAAGCAACGAGCUGAAGCCGAGGCCCAAAGUAAAGCGGACCGAGAAGCCCAGCUGGCAUACCAAAAGGAACGUCGCCGCGCGCAGCACGAGAAGCAGCAAAAGGAGACGGCCGAGCACGAGGAGAUUCGCAGGCUGAUGAACGAGGAGGGCGUAGAGGUCUUGGAUUCGGAUGAGCUGAGCAAGAUGACGCUGCUCGAUUCGCUGGUCGGGUGGCCUCUCCCCGGCGACGAGAUUCUCGAGGCGAUCCCCGUGUGUGCGCCGUGGACUGCCAUGGGCAAGUUCAAGUAUAAGGCCAAGCUCCAGCCUGGCGCGGUGAAGAAGGGCAAGGCGGUCAAGGAGGUGUUUGAGAGGUGGAAGAGCGAUUCGUCCAAGAAGGGCGCGCUCGACGAGCGGGCGCAGGAUAAGGAGAAGAUGUGGCCGAGGGAGGUGGAGCUUAUGAAGGCGCUCAAGGCGGAGGAGAGUAUUAAUGUCGUGCCGGUUGGUAAGGGGAUCGAAGAAGAAGUAGAGGCUGAUGAGUUUGAGGUUGGUUGUGAGGAUGAAGUCCAGUCAUUCCCGUCUAUCGAUGAAUGUCCACCAUCCACCAUUCACCACCCUCAUAUUCGUGAACCUACUUCUUCCCCCUCGUAA